AUGCUAGACAUCGAGGAUUACGAUCAAAUAUUUCCCUAUGGGAGCUAUGCUGAAGGCUUGCGAAGGGACAUUUCCGAGUGCCAGAGCACACUCGGUGGGCGGACCUUCUUCGAGCGGCUGUUAGAGCUGCUCAAUAUCAAAUGGCGUAAAAUGUACCCUCCGAAAGGCGACGACGGGUUGCGCGAACUACACAAGCGCAUCUGCGAAGCGCCCAUAACCCUGCACUAUAAACACUGCCUGAUCUUCUACCUUCUCCGAGACCUUUCCCCACACUACAAGACGAGCCCAGAGUGGGCCACCCAAUUCGCAACCAACGUCCAUCUCGAGACGCGUUUCUGGACAUUUAUAGAGGGCAUAUGGGAGCUGGAUCACUUGCAGUUCGAUAAUGCGGUCGGCCACCUGACGCACCCUUCUAUCAUACCUACGUUCCCCGACGAAAUCCUAAUCACGCUGGUGAACCGGAGACAUCAUCAGUUGAGCGGCAUGAAUGAGACGGAUAUCCUGCCGCUUGCCUACUACAAUUGCGUCAAGCCACCGCUUGCGACCGACGCCAUCAGGCAGCCCUUUGUGAGAUAUCUGGCUGCGAGGAAUGUUACGGAGGCUUACUACUGGAUCCGCGCACGACCGGAACACGAGCACAGACAACUGCUGGAGGCGCUUGUUGAGCAGACGCUCGACCAUCGGGCCUGGGGCGGUGGAGAACCGAACGAAAUUGAGAAUAUAUACCCAAGAGAGGAGAAGGCGCUCGAGCUAGUUGGCUUGCCCUUCAGUGAAGAGGAGGACGAAUGGAUUGAAAAGUUCUUGACGGAGGGCAAAGGGAGGACACUGAAGGGCGCGGAGGAUACGGUGCUGAUGAGGAAGAUUGCUAUAGGCAGCUUGCAUAGCUUCGCGACUGGGAAGAGCAAACAAGGCAAGGCACAUCACGGAGUGGACUGGAAGACCUUGAAAGAUGGAGUGAAGAAGGGUCUGGGUCCGAGGGAGGGCGAAGAAGGCUUCAAGGCUUAG